AUGGUGUCUUCAUCUCGAUCAGCUGGAUCAACAAGUGGGGUAAACAAGUCAAACAAUGGUCCCUCUAGGACGUGCUACUGUGGAGUAAUUGCCCCCUUGAAGAUAUCAACGAGUGAGAAGAACCCUGGAAGAAGAUACUUUGGGUGCAGAUACUGGCCCGAUGAAGUUGAAGACUGUGGCUACUUUGAAUGGUAUGACGGUGAAGUAAGUCCAUGGUAUAAGGAACUUCUGUUUGAAGUUAUGGCAAAGAAGAAAAAAAGCACUGGACAUGGAAAAGGGAACCCUCAUCAUGAUGAAAUAAGUUUGAUGGAUCUUGUUAGGGUUGUGAUUGGUUUGCUUGUUAUGUUGGUAGUCAUGGUAGGGAUUUUGAUGUGGAUGGUGUACAAGGGUUAA